CGGAACCGAAGAAGAAGAAGAAGAAGAAAAAGACCACGUGUUUCCUUCUCGUUCUACUUCAUGGGAACGCGCAUCUUGCCACAUUAUUAUUUACAAUGGUUCGUAAACUAAAGUUCCACGAGCAGAAGCUGUUGAAGAAGGUCGACUUCAUCAAUUGGGAGGUGGACAACAACCUCCACGAAGUCAAAGUGCUGCGGAAGUACCACAUCGAGAAGAGGGAGGACUACACCAAGUACAACAAGCUGAGUCGUAACAUCAGGGACCUCGCAAAGAAAAUCCGAGACCUGGAUGAGAAAGAUGGUUUCAGAGGUCAAUGCACACACCAGCUACUGGAGAAACUGUACGGCAUCGGUCUGUUGCCCACCAAACAGAACCUUUCCCUCACAGAAAAAGUCACAGCUUCUUCAUUCUGCAGGAGGAGGCUGCCGAGCAUCAUGCUGAAACUCCGUAUGGCUCAGAACCUGAAGAGCGCAAUCACCUUCAUCGAACAAGGACAUGUGCGUGUUGGCAUAGACAUUGUCACAGACCCAGCGUUCCUCAUCACAAGAAAUAUGGAAGAUUUUGUCACUUGGGUGGACACCUCCAAGAUCAAGCAGCAUGUCAUGAAUUAUAAUGAUGAGAGGGAUGACUUUGAUCUAGUGACAUAAUCCUGUCGUCUUAUCGUCCAUUCGUCACUCCGGAGGGACAAACGGGGACACAAACUUUGCUUCUUUUGAACUGUGGUGCGAAUAACUUCAAGAGGACAGACCAAGUGUGCGCACGUACUCCGAUCCACUGGUUCAAGACAAAAAGUUAGCUGCAGAUCCCAGAGACGGUCUGCAAAAUGAGUGUGUGAAGAAAAUAAGUGUCAACUUUUAUAUGAGCAAGGCCAGAAGAAAUGUACUUCCGGGCUUUGCUGUGUGGAAAUAUCCGACUUAAGCCGUAUCUAUUAACCAUCCAAACAAUGUGGAUUCAUUUGUGAUUGAUAAUAUUUGCUUCCCAGAUUCUCAGUUGUCUGCGUGUGUACUGGAGCAGCCGUUAUUGUUAUUAGUGACUGUCAACUCUAACCUUCCACACGUUGUUUACUUUCCAUAUUCAGAUCUUUGUGUAAACAUGAGCUGGCUUCACAGGAUAUGUUUGUAUGUAAUGGAUUGUGCAAAUGCUGGUUUAUAAGUGUGUGAAUAUAUAUGCACACUAAAGACUGUUUUUGUAUGUUCAAAUAUUAUCAUAGCUUGUCAUAAAUACAGCUGGAAAAUAGAAAAUACAAUUCGGUAAGCAUUUAAUCUUUUGAAAAAUACUUUGUUACAAUGUAAACUUUGUAUAAUAAACAUUCUUUUAUCACAGUA